AUGAUUUUCCUCUAUAUUCAUUUUUCUUUUCUUUCCAGGUGUCGUAUCAUGGAUUCUGAAAUGGAGUCUGCCUAUUACAAUGAGGUUCUCAAGUUACUCAACUCUCAACAGGGCCUCAGUGUCUGGACAAUCUGUACCCUUGCCUCUUUUCUACUACCAAUUUCCAAACCUGUCAUCCCCAACAUCCUUAUGGAUAAGCUGCUUCGUAUCAUCCCGCAAUGCGAAAUCAACAACAUGGCGUUGAUCUUGUUUGGGCUGAACCGCAUGAAAAAGCCCUGGAUACGGCAAAUGUACAGCCAGGUGCUGCAGCUGCAGACUGCACUACACCAAAACAUGAACACCCAACUGCACAAGGUGACCACAAUCGACCCUUUGGUCCAAAUGAUACAGGUCUUAUACCUCAAGAGUGAACGGCGAGAAUUGGUUCUUCUGGACAACAUUAUGGACACGUUAAGUACAUUGACCCACACUCUUUCCAAGAGACAUUUCCGAAACAUUGUCUCACUUUUUAGCCAGUUGCGAUAUUGCUCUCCCCAAAUCAUGAAUGACCUGACCAAGUUCGCUAUUGACAACCAUGAAGACAUCGACUUCCAGGAUUUUACCAACUUUAUACGCGUCAUGAGUUUUAUAGGUUUCCAGCCUGAUUCCUUUGAGGAUUUUCAGAAUGUCUGCAUAAAAAUGCUCGACAAGCACAUCAUGGAGACCAGCCUUCCAAAACAGCUACGCUUCACCCUUGACCUUUGUCAGAUGCAGAUUUACCCAGACCACUGGCUGUCAUCCAUCUUCACCUUAAAAUACAUAGAAAUGAUUGACAAUCACAUUGAAACCAAUAAAGAAAGUAGAAAUAUUUUACAAAGAAUGCUAAUGAUGCUUAACCGAACUACCAUAUUGGAAUGUCCGCAUCUUGACAUUCCUUGGUUCCAUGAAGACUACUGCCAGAAAAAUAUGGUCGCAGUGAAAGGAAAUCCAAGUUGGAUACAUAACGAGGUCCGCUCGGCCCUUCAAGAAGCUGUCGGAGGAGAGAACUUCUUUCAAAGUUUUGUAUACACACCAUACUUUUUCUUACUUGGUAAGUAUCACAAUAAUUUUUUGCUGCUGUAA